CCCCUAAAACCCAGCACAGAGAGACACAAAGCAGAGAGAGACAGAGAAGAGAGAGAGAGGGAGAGAGACCAGUCCUCUCUCACUGUCACUUGUACGCUCUCUGUAAUCUCUACAGUCUGCAACAAGGAGACAUAGAUAUGGAGAGAGAGGAGUGCAAUCUUCAUGAUCCGAAUGGUGAAGUCUAGUACUUAACUGAGAUUGAAUGAGCACAAAGCCUCAGAUUUUUUGGCAAGUUGGAUUCAGGAUAUUGUUUUCUUAUGCAAAUUGGAGUUAGACCAUUGGUUUAAAGAUGAAUGGGAACAGACAGAUGGAGAUGCAUUACAUAGACACUGGCUGUCCUUACACUGUAACUGAAAGCUUUGUGGACUUCUUUGAAGGUUUAACACAUUUGCCACCUAAUUAUUCUCCCAUUGGGCCAAUAAUUGAUCAGGAAAAUGGAUACUGGUCAACAAAUUUGAACGCAUACAAGUUUGGACCUUCUGGCCCUGGGGGUACUUCUUACCAUGGUCAUUAUGAUAUUAAUGAUCAUUUAAUGAGAAUGGAUAUCAGCAAUCGGGCCUGGGGAUACCCUUCAACGAUGAAUGUAGAGGAUCCAGCAACUACAGACGUGCAAUCUGAAGAUGCAGAUAUGAGCAUGCAUGCAAUCCCGGAAGAACGGAUUGCCGAUACUCUGAGUACUAAUACUUCUCAGGUUGUGUUGCAAGAUAAUUUUGAUCCAGACGACAUGACAUAUGAGGAACUACUUGAGUUAGGUGAGGCAGUUGGAGCUCAAAGUCGAGGUCUUUCUCAGGAGCUUAUUGAUUUGCUUCCAACCUCGAAAUGCAAGCUCAAGAAUAUAUUCUCUAGGAAAAGAUCUGGAGAGAGAUGUGUGAUUUGCCAGACAAAGUAUAAGAGAGGGGACAAGCAAAUGAAACUGCCUUGCAUUCACAUUUAUCAUUCCAAAUGUAUAACCAAAUGGCUAAGCAUCAACAAGAUAUGUCCCGUUUGCAAUGCUGAGGUAUUUGGCGAGGAAUCAAGGCAUUUAUAGAUCAAAAUGACCUAAACUUUGCUCCAUAAGGUUUUUCCCCCUAUUUUUUUUGGGUAGUUGAUUUUUCUCUUCUUCUCGUUUUUACAUCUAGUCAUUUGCUGUGCCAUUUUCACGGUUCUCCAUUUAAAUCUUGUUUGGCAGAAAAAGAAUAUAUCUUAACCACCAUAGGUAGUAAUUUCAUUGUGGAUAUUGUUGCUAUAGCUUAACUUUUGUGUA